AUGACAGCAAUAACAUUAAAUGAUCUAGGAGAAGAUAUCAUAUGUUCCAAUAUAGCAAUUCAUUUAUCUCCUGAAGAUAUUUUUUCUUUAUCUUUGGUGUCUCAUAGUUUUUAUAGCUAUUUGACAACUAAUGACAUUUUUCAUCUUUUAUAUUUAAAAAAAUUUGGAUCUAAACCGACACCAUUGAAUUUGUCAAAUUACAAUUGGAAGGAAUUAUUCAAACUAAGAAGUUCUAGUCAAGCAAAGAUAUAUACAUGGGGGUCAUCACAAUUGGGUAGAUUAGGUUACUUAUUAAGCAAUGCUCCGCCGGAGAAUAUAGCAAAUUCUGGUAUUCUGAAAAACGUUCAUACACCAACGAAUUUGACGACUUUCAACGGAUUUGUCAUUAGUGAUAUUAGCGCAGGGGGUUUUAGUUUUCAAAUCCUUACUAAUGAGGGAGACUUGUAUUUCACGGGUGCGGACUGGAAUAAGGGAGAGAGGUCUACUCUGACUCCUGGUCCAUUUGAAACCUUUGAUUAUAAGUCAACCGCUGCCUCAAUUCCUCGUGUUGAAAGCCUAGGUUCUAGAAGAUCACUAAAUGGUAUACUGAUGCCGUUUAUGGGAAGAAGAUACGAUAGAGAUAUUGAAGCACCAACAUCAACCCCAUCUGCUGAUAGACAAACAAACCCAAAUUUAAGGAAACCGUCUGAUCAAUUAGAUUUAAGUCUACCCGAUCCUACAGGGUCUUCAAUGAAGCAUCAAAAGAAAGUAAAAGAAACAAAUUUUGUCACGAAACUAUUAUUGCCUGAUAACCCUGAAUUUCCCGACAGAUAUGUCACUUCGAUAUCAAGUGGGAGAGAGCAUAUUAUUGCUAUUGAUAACUACCAUAAUAUCAUUUCCUGGGAUACCGGAAAUACUAGUAAUGUUGGGGUCCAUAUAAAAUUUGAAGGAUUAAGAUAUGACUCAAUAAAUAAAAUUUCUGCUGGUUGGAAUUUGCUGGCAUGUUAUAUCAAUCACAUCGGUAUCGUUGUUUGGUAUUCGAGGGCCCCUGUUACGAAAGAAUCAUCUGAGGCCAGUACCAUGAUUUCAAAUGCAAAUUACCUUGUCAUUCCUAAUACUGAUAACUGUAAAAUUGAUGAUUUUCUUUCAGGCUGUGACUUCAUAUUAUAUAUAAAAGAUGGACUGCUAAUGCGAUUCAAUUUACAUACUUCUGGAUAUGCGUCCGGGUCUGUUGAUAGGAAUUUAGUCGAAGAUCCGUUCCCGGUCUUGGGAUUUGAUAAUUGGUUAAACAAUUAUAAUAUCGAUAACAACGGUAAAGCGUCUUUCACCAAAAUUACCGGCUGCUAUAACAGCUUUUCUAUAUUUACAAAUGACGGCAUGGUAUUACUAGGAAAUAAGGCUUUAAGUGACGAAGAGUCGGAAGAACCCCCGAUUAUCAUACCUCAGCUACAAAAAAACCAUAUAAUACAUGUGGUAAUAGGAGACUACCACUACAUGGCCUUAACUGAUGAAGGUGAUUUAUACAGCUGGGGUACUGAGUCAAGCAGAUGUGGCUGUUUAGGUUUAGGUGCAAAAGAUGAGUUUGUCAGCCAAAAUUCUAAUAACGUGGUUACAGAUUUAGGUCCAGGAAAAGGCAUGGUAGUUCACAAUCCAACUUUGGUCAAAUCACCUUCGCCUGGUGGAAAAUGGUUAGCUAUUACUGCAUCUGGCUGGAAUUCAGGAGGUAUAUAUAUCCCAAAGUAG